AUUAUAAAAUAAACUAUUGAGGCUUGGGAGGGUGUUGGAAACUAAAUUUUGUCCAAAAGACAGCGUAAGAUCUAUUUAUCGGCAAGGAAUAAAACCCACCGAGAUUUCAGAGAGCGUCUCCCAUAAUCCCUCCGUCGAAUCCUGAGACGGAAAGAAUCGGAGAAGAGAAGGAGAGAAGAAAACAGAAGGAUGAAGCUGAGAAAAGAGGAGGAGAAGAAAGAUGGCAUCUUGGUGCAAUCCAAUGGCGGCGGAAGAAGGAAAGAAGAAGAAGAAGAAGAAGAGAAGGAGGAGAGUAAGAAGGGGGAAGAAGGAAAGACGGUGGUGGUUGGGAUUAAGAUGGACGCCGAGAGCCGGGAGCUCCUCACGUGGGCCCUCGUCAAGGUCGCCUCCCCCGGCGAUCGUGUCCUCGCCCUCCACGUCCUCCCCUCCUCCGCCGCCGAUGUUUCGCAUCAUAAUGAAAAUUCGCCCUCUUCUCUGCUCUCUCUCGUGAAGGCCUUCGACUCCAUGCUCGCUGUCUAUGAAGGCUUCUGCAAUCUCAAACAAAUUGAUCUGAAACUGAAGCUAAGCCGUGGUUCAUCAAUCCGCAAAGAUUUGGUUCGAGAGGUGAAUUCCUCUGCGGCAAGUAAACUAAUUCUAGGGAUUACAAAGAACAACCGUUCUUUCGGUAGGUCUUCCUCUACCUCAAUUGCCAAGUACUGCGCAAAGAAACUCUCCCGGGAUUGCUCGGUGUUGGCAGUGAACAACGGCAAGAUUGUCUUCCGAAGAGAGCCACUGCCAGCUUCUCAAUCCACAGCGAACAACAGUGUCGGUGACCAUGUCCGAAGUUCUAGUUCAGCCCUCGUGCCCUGGCAGGAAUCAAAAAAUUACUCCAAGCGAUCCAAUCGCGGGGAUGACAAGUUGGCGAUUAAAAGCCAAGCAGGAAGGAACACCAAUACUUCGAGCACAUUGCUUCCCUGUUUGCCAGUUGUAUCUAAAAGAAGGUUGAGUUGUGUCAGCCUUGGUGCAGACAACGUCUUACCAUCAUUGGAUGACACAAAAAGGCAAAACUCUGGCGUUUGUUCCCCUGUUUCCCUUCCCUUGUGCUCUGAAUUGGAGAAAGAUGAGUCCUUGGCUCUGGUUCCUGGGAAGAAACCGGAGGCUCCCUCGAGCUCCGUCUCUCACUUGAUCAAGGACUCGCCGCAAGCAAGACCUGGCUGGCCCCUGCUCAGAAAGUCGGUCUUGCCCAAUCAGAAAACCACUUCUGCAGAGAGAUCCAAGACCUCUGUGGUUCAAUGGGCCAUGCGGCUUCCCAGCCGGCACUCAGCAGUAUCGACAGUUCAUCCAGAUCAAAAGCCUGCAAAAUUAGAAGCAAAUGCCACCUCCGGUGUUGAUGGGAAAAGAGGGGCCAUAGUUCCUUUCGAAACUGAUUCAUGUAGUCCAUCGCCUACAAUUGACAAUGGUGAAAAGAAAAUUCCAAAGGAGUUGGAAUCUCUUAGGGAGAAGUAUUCAUCAGUUUGCAGAUUGUUCAGCUAUAAGGAACUUGUGCAGUUGACCUCUAACUUCUCACCAGAGAAGUUCAUUGGGAGGGGAGGUAGCAGCCAUGUCUACAGGUGCUGCCUUUCUGAUGGCAAGGAAUUGGCAGUGAAAAUUCUGAAGCCCUCUGAGCACAUCCUAAACGAGUUCGUUUCGGAAAUCGAGAUUAUCACCGCAUUAAAUCAUAAGAACAUUAUUUCGCUGUUUGGGUUUUGCUUUGAGAAUGAUAAUCUCAUAUUGGUCUAUGAUUACUUAUCACGAGGUAGCUUAGAGGAAAGCCUCCAUGGUGAGAGUGAGAACAAGAAUGUUCUUGGUUGGGUCGAGAGAUAUAAGGUGGCAGUGGGCAUUGCAGAAGCCCUUGACUAUCUACAUGGUGCUGCCAAUGUUCAACCUGUGAUCCAUCGGGAUGUAAAAUCCUCAAAUAUUCUCCUCUCUGGUGAUUUUGAGCCCAAGUUAUCUGAUUUUGGUCUCGCAAAGUGGGCAUCAGCUUCAACAGUGGACUUCUCAUGCAACGAUGUUGCAGGGACGUUCGGGUAUUUGGCUCCUGAAUAUUUUAUGUAUGGGAAGGUCAAUGAAAAAACUGAUGUGUAUGCUUUUGGUGUUGUGCUUCUUGAGCUUAUUUCGGGUAGAAAGCCCGUCUGCACAGGCUGUCCCAAGGGCCAAGAGAGCCUGGUCAUUUGGGCAAAGAAAAUUCUACAAGAUGGAAAAGUUAAGCAGCUGGUCGAUCCAUGUCUGGGCACUAAUUACAGUGAUGAUCAGUUGGAGAGGAUGAUUCUGGCUGCUUCCCUCUGCAUCAGAAGAGCUCCUCGGUGUCGUCCCAGAAUAGCAACUGUGCUGAAGCUCCUAGGAGGAGAUGAUGACAUUCUCAAGUGGGCAAAAUCACAAGUCAGUGCUUCCAAAGAGUUUGAUGGGUUGGAUGAUGAGGCACCACUUCAAGAUUCUAACAUCCAGUCUUACAUAAACCUUGCACUGCUUGAUGAUGAUUCACUCUCAGUCAGCAGCGUAGAUCCGGCUGUCGAUUUUAUAGCAGCAAACACUUCCUUAGAGGAGUACUUGCGAGGGAGAUGGAGCCGUUCAUCGAGCUUUAAUUGAUGAGUACUCAUUUGGUCUCCUGAUGUUUGUAUAGGGGGUGUUCCUAUGUUGUCUCACUUAUUGCAUCUGUUUGUUUAAUUACAAGAGGAAUUGAGAUGAGAGGCGGUAUGCUAUGCCCUCCUCCUUUCCUCAUUUUAUGCCAUGUCCCUUUAUGGGAUUGUUUUUGGCCGGAGGGACCAUCCAUCUCUCCCCAGGUGUUCUCAACCAAAGGGUGAGAAAAAUAAUGGAGGGAGUGGAUGGCUUGUUAUAUUUGCGAAGAGCUGUAAUACCCAUAGCUUUCGUUAAUAAAGGGUUUCAUCACAUGUUUCCUUUUA